CGCCGAGCCCCGCCAUUUCGUGGGUGGCCAGUCCAACUCGCGGAGGUCUGGUCUGGGUUCGUCGACACUGUAACUCACUCGGUCGGCGGCCUCUGGACUGUGCGCGCACAUAGACGCUGUGACGCUGGCGGAAUGGCAGCCGAAGACCCGCUUCUCCUGUGCUCCGCGACCGCUGCGUGCGCCGUUCAGGCGGACGGCCCAGGGUCGGUGCCGACAAUCUGCCACCGGCACAACGGGACGACUGCGUGCCCUGUGUGCCUCGUGGCCGCUGUCGGGAACGUUGUUGUGUGCCAUAACCAAAUGGAUCCGAUCGGAGGGUGUACCAGCGGUGUCAAGUGCGUCGGGGACGUGCUGUCGUCCGUGGCCCCGGAUUCGUCGUCCAGCAGCGCCGCAUUGAGUACGUCGUCGACCCGGUCCGUGGAAACGAUCGUGGGCAUCACGAUUGCCGCCGUUGUCGUCAUUGUGGUUGUCAUUUCGUGCUCUGUCCAUCGCCGGCGGGCAAAACGUCAGCGCGAAUUGCGUAUGUCGUUGCAAAUGUCGUCGGGGCGAAGCGCCCUAUAUCGGACCGAUUUUCUCAUGGAGCACCAACCGCAGCACCUCCUCGACGGAAGCGAGCCCCACAUCCUGGAACGGUCGGCGUCGUACCGAUCGAAUGGAAUCCUGAGUCCGUUUGGCGGCUCCGUGCGGCCCAUGAUGCCCACGUCUGGCGACACCAUCCUCCACUACGCACGAUCGCCAAAGGUGCCAGUGGGGGCACCCGUGGGAUGGUGGGAAAUGCAGCCAUCGCCGCGCCACAUCGACCCACCGUAUUCGGCUGCCGCAUUUCCAGGUGGAAUCAAAUCGCCACACGCGUCGUCCAAUUCGUUUCAGAGUGACGCCAUGCGCGGGAAUCGUCCCAAGCUCCCGCGGCCGUCGUCGACCAAGGACCUGGAAGACUACGUGCUGCAUCCGGGUCUGCGAAGGAGCUCUGCUUCAUCCCACUACGUCGCCGACCCGCAUGGAUGGCCAUCCCACCCACACGACUUUGUGUCCGACAUGGACUUUACUUCGUCCGACUUUGACAACAUGCUGGUCCAAAAAGCGGCCGAAGGAAAGCUGACGCCCCGCAGACAACCCGACGGUCCUUCGACCGCUACGAUUGUCCUAACUUAAGUGGCUCUCGACGACCGGCGGCUUUGUACACCCAAGCGUUCGAGUUUGUCGUCGGCCUGGACUAUGUCGUGCCGACGUGAAGUGCAGCUCGCGCUCGAUGCUCGCGCUCGAGCGAUCCACGGCCAGCGACCACAUCUGCCUGAACAUGGACGUCGUGAAUGUAUAUUUGGAUUCCGAGAUAACUGCAGCAAACCAACGACGCGAGAGUAAGCGCCAGUGGGCACGAACGUCUUGGUCUCGGGGGUCUCGUUCGGCCAAGCGCUUUUGAUAGACCUGUACAGACGACCGCAACGCGCAGGUGCCUCGUUGCUGGAGGUCGGCCUCACGAAGCCAUGGCAACUGUAAAUCCUGGGGACAAAUCCCACGGAGGCCGCGCAUUCGAUUG